CAGGCUUAUCAGCUGUUCUUUGCGACCUUCACACGUGUGUGUUUUCCUUGGAUUCAGUGCUAAUUUCCUCAAAAAUUAUGGAAGUUCAAAAGCCAAUACCAUUUGAAACAUCUUGGUUCGAGCAGAAUCAAGUCAAUCUGCGCUCUGUGGAGGAUUCCGUGGAGAUUCUCGUGUCCAGGAGUUCAGUCACUCAUCCUCUGAACGUCAAGGCGUGGGCACUGAAGGCUCUCACCCUCACGGACCUCACAACUCUCGCCGGAGACGACACGAAGGCCAACGUGAGGAGUCUCUGCCUCCGGGCGGCUUUCCCGUUCCCGGAACACGUUCUGGACUCUCUGGGCUUGGAUGAGGCCACCAAAGACAAGAUACACACGGCCGCUGUGUGUGUCUAUCCCAGCCGAGUGCCGGACGCCAGGCAAACUCUCGCUGAGCUCUCUAAAUUGAAUGACAUCCCGAUCGCGGCUGUGGCCACGGGCUUUCCUUCUGGCCAGUUCCCACUGUCCACGCGCCUGGACGAGAUUAAGUGCGCCAUCGAGAGCGGUGCCACGGAGAUUGACAUCGUAAUCGACCGUGGAUUGGCGCUGCAGGGACAAUGGCAGGAUUUGUAUAAUGAAGUUCUGGCCAUGCGGCGCGCAUGUGGCAAUUCUGCCCAUCUGAAGGCCAUCCUGGGCAUCGGAGAGCUGGGCACCAUGAAGAACGUGUACAUGGCCUCGAUGGUGGCGAUGAUGGCCGGCGCGGACUUCAUCAAAACAUCCACCGGCAAGGAGAGCGUGAACGCAACGCUUCCAGUGGGAUUGGUGAUGAUCCGGGCAAUCCAGGACUUCCACAGACGGACCGGAAGGAAGAUCGGACUGAAGCCUGCUGGCGGCGUGCGCACGGUGAGGGAGGCGAUCGCCUGGAUGACGCUGAUUAAGGAGAGCCUGGGCGACGAGUGGCUGCAGCCGCAGCUCUUCCGUUUCGGCGCUUCCGGUCUGCUCGGAGAUGUGGAGAAAGUGGUCUUAUCCUAAGCGAUGUGCAAUGCAUCAAAAUCACGAAGAAUACAGUCUGGGUGUUUAUCUGGACAAAUAGGAAAUGUACUACAAAUAGUACAAACUUCACCGAAACCGUCUGCGGAUCUGGAGAUCCUCAGCACCUGACUUCUUGGACGGCGGCCAGCGUGUGGCGGAAGCGCGUUAAGGAAAUUGAGCAAGAAACAAUCAGUGUUGGCUAAUUUGUCACGCUUU